AUGAACUUCAUUCCAACAACAGCAAAGGCCUUCAGUCCAGUGGAUCACCGCACCUGUCUACCCAAGUUUGGCAGCAAUUUUGGACCCGCUGACUUCAAUUUCCUGAUGGUCCUGGGCAAGGGGAGCUUUGGAAAGGUGAUGCUGGCUGAGGUCCGUGGGACUGACGAAUUGUACGCAAUCAAGAUGUUAAAGAAGGAUGUUAUCAUUCAGGACGAUGAUGUGGAGUGCACGCUGGUGGAAAAGAGGGUUCUCUCCAUGCCUGACCCACCCCACUUCCUUACCCAACUUUACUGCUGCUUCCAGACCAUCGACCGACUCUACUUUGUCAUGGAGUAUGUAAAUGGAGGGGACCUGAUGUACCACAUUCAGCAGGUUGGCAAGUUCAAGGAGCCUCAUGCUGUCUUCUACGCAGCCGAAAUUGCAAUUGGACUCUUCUAUCUCCACAACAAUGGUAUUAUAUACAGGGAUCUGAAGUUAGAUAACGUGAUGCUUGAUUCUGAGGGACACAUCAAAAUUGCUGACUUUGGGAUGUGCAAGGAGAACGUUUUUGAUGGAAACACAACUCGGACUUUUUGUGGAACACCGGAUUACAUGGCACCAGAGAUUAUUGCUUACCAAUCGUAUGGGCUGUCUGUUGACUGGUGGACGUUUGGAGUUCUCUUGUACGAGAUGCUGGCUGGACAGCCCCCAUACGAUGGGGAAGAUGAGGAUGAGCUCUUCCAGUGCAUUUUGGAACAGAGUGUGACCUACCCGAAAAGCCUGUCACGUGAGGCAGUCUCUGUCUGCAAAGGGUUGAUGAUGAAGAACCCACUGAAGAGGUUGGGAUGUGGUCCUGAUGGUCAGAGGGACAUUAAGGAGCAUCCAUUCUUCCGGAGGAUCGACUGGGAGCGCCUUCGCAAUCUGGAAAUACAGCCACCCUUCAAACCCCGUCCGGGCGGUAAAUGCGGUGAGAAUUUCGACAAGUUCUUCACCCGAGCAUCCUCCGCUCUGACCCCUCCUGACCAUUCCGUCCUGAUGAACAUCGACCAGGACGAGUUCCGGGGAUUUUCCUUCAUCAACCCCGUCUUCGUCCACCCCACCAAGAGGCUCUCGGCCCCCUACACCAUGCCGCAAUCGAAGCCUUCCGUCGCCUCGGCAACCGGCCUCUGGGCUCCAUCUGGGCGCAGGCGACGGCUACCGAUCCGGGGACGGGCGUUUGGUAGAAUAUCUCUCCUCCCCAAACCCCUGUCACCCUCGCGGCUCAACAUCCGGCCCUGCUCGCUGGAUGUCUCAGUAUCCUCCUCGCAGCUUCCUCCCCAGCUACUCGACGCGUCACAGCCUCCUCGGGACCCAUCACGGGACUGA